GGCGGGGCGCCGCUGCAGUUUAUCCGCAGGGGCGGAGGCGGCCCGGCUCACCUGGGCAGGCGGAACUGAGGGGUCAGGUCACCGCACUAAGAACCCGGAGACUCACCUGUGCGGGGGCCGGAGGCGGGGCCAACCCCCAAACUCACCUGAGCCGCCGGAAAGCGGAGCCGGGAGCAGCCCCCGAGCUCGUCGCGCGUGGAGGGGCGGCGCCCCCGGCUGGCCGCUGGUGAGCGCCACUCCGCCCGUCCCCCGUCCCAGCCGGCUCGGCAGCCAUGACCUGGAGCGCCACGGCCCGGGGCGCCCACCAGCCCGACAACACCGCGUUCACGCAGCAGCGCCUCCCCGCCUGGCAGCCGCUGCUGUCGGCCAGCAUCGCGCUGCCGCUCUUCUUCUGCGCGGGCCUGGCCUUCAUCGGCCUGGGCCUGGGCCUCUUCUACUCCUCCAACGGCAUCAAGGAGCUCGAGUACGACUACACGGGCAACCCGGGCACCGGCAACUGCUCGGCGUGCGCCCUGGCCGACCAGUACCGUGCGCCGCCGCUUCGCUGCUCGUGCGCCUGGUACUUCUCGCUGCCAGAGCUCUUCCCGGGCCCCGUGUACCUCUACUACGAGCUGACCAACUUCUACCAGAACAACCGGCGCUACAGCGUGUCCCGCGACGACACGCAGCUAAGCGGGCUGCCGAGCGCGCUGCGCCACCCGGCCAACGAGUGCGCCCCCUACCAGCGCCGCGCCUCCGGCCUGCCCAUCGCGCCCUGCGGCGCCAUCGCCAACAGCCUCUUCAACGACUCCUUCUCGCUGUGGCACCAGCGCCAGCCCGGCGGGCCGUACGUCGAGGUGCCGCUAGACCGCACCGGCAUCGCCUGGUGGACCGACUGCCACGUCAAAUUCCGCAACCCGCCGCUGGUGAACGGCAGCCUGGCGCUGGCCUUCCACGGCACCGCGCCGCCGCCCAACUGGCCGCGACCGGUCUACGAACUGAGCCCCGACCCGAACAACACCGGCUUCAUCAACCAGGACUUCGUGGUGUGGAUGCGCACCGCCGCGCUGCCCACGUUCCGCAAGCUGUACGCGCGCAUCCGCCAGGGCAACUACUCCACCGGGCUGCCGCGCGGCAGCUACAUCGUCAACAUCACCUACAACUACCCGGUGCGCGCCUUCGGCGGCCACAAGCUCAUCGUCUUCAGCAACAUCUCGUGGAUGGGCGGCAAGAACCCCUUCCUCGGCAUCGCCUACCUGGUCGUCGGCUCGCUCUGCAUCCUCAUGGGCUUUGUCAUGCUUGUCGUCUACAUUCGCUACCAGGACCAGAACGACGAGGACGAGGACGAGGAGUGAUUCCUGCUUUCAAAGUACCCUUCUGGCUAUUUGCCAGAAGUCUUCUGCAAGCUUCUUAGGCUUCUCCCAUCAGUUCCAGUUCCAGCCUUGCCUCACUUUUCCUCUUGUUGUGAUGCUUGGACCAGAGGGAGGAAUGACAUCCAAUUGGGGGCUACCAGAGCCUUGCUGGGGUGUUUGGACUGCAGAAUGAGACAUCCUUGUAAAUUCUCCGCAUCUUCACGAUUUACCGAGUUGACAUGUUAGGUUCUUAAAGUCCGAGGCAUUUGAGUGUGGAGGGGACAGUAGAGAUUCCUGUUGCACUUCUAUCUGAUGAAGAGACUGAGACCUAGCGACGUUAAAUAACUCAUCCAGGGCCAUGCAGCUAUUCAUUGGCUCCUGACUCUGACUCUAACUUUUAUCACUACGACACCGUGGUUUUCUUUGGGGGGUGGGGAAGGGGUGGUGGGGAAGAGAGUGAAGCCCACAAAUAACUUGCAGAGGUGUAGAGGGGUGGGAGAGAAUAUACUUGUUAAAAUUGUGGACAGAUUGGAGACACCAGACCCAUUCUGACACAAUAAGGCUGGAGUGAGACCCCGGAAGCUGUGUUUUAACAAGCCUGUCUGUAGAUUCCUCCUGUAUUCCCUCAAAUUCGGGAAUCACUGUCCUGAACCAGGGAGCAAGUAGAACACUGGAUGUUUCCCUGUCCUCAUGUGUCUAAGGUUGGGCCUGAAGCGGUGACCUACGUCCAGCUUUUCAGGUAGUCAUUUGUUCCGGGGCAGUGACAGUCAUAAUAUUGCAAGUUUUGCCCAGCAUCCUGCCUUCAACAUAGAAAGCUCUCCAUAAUUUGUGGAAUGAGUGGGGAAAAAACUUGCUAUCUAGAAAUCUGGCAUACAGAUUUGCAGGACAGGGUUUGUAUCAAUGUAUUUAACAUUGAAGGGUUAGAGUGAGCAAAACAGUUUGCCAAGUACUGUAUAGAAACUUGAAAAUGCCAUGUCAUUUGGCACAGCUUGGAGUGAGUGUUUUAACUUCAGAAUCAGAUAGAUGGAAGGGGUCUUAGAGGGAAAAUGAUUUCCCUAAAGUCAUAUUUGUGUCUCCUGCCUCCUGACUCAGUCCUCUUUGUCAUCUAAAUUAUUUUUUAUGCUUAGAGAAAAAAGUUUUCCUUCAUGCUUACAUUUUCCCUGGAGUCUAAGAAAAAACUCUUUUAUCUAUGUUAUCAAAUGAUGCAUGCUUAUUUCUAGUAAUUGUUUCAAGUGAAUGCUAAGGAAUAUAGUCAUAUAUGUUAUCUAGAAUCCUAAGAAUUAUUUGAAACUCCAAGAUAAAGUCUGAUUACUCUAAAAUUACCCUACUGUAUAUAAAGUUAUUCUAAGCAAUAGAUUUUUUUUGUUAGUUUCAGGGGCGGAAUUUAGUGAUUCAUCCAUUGCAUAUAACACCCCGUGCUCAUUCCAUCAAGUGCUCUCCUUAAUGCCCAUCGCCCAAUUACCCCACUCCCCCCCCUCCCCCCCCUCCAGCAACCCUCAGUUUGUUUCCUAGGGUUCAGCGUCUCUGAUGGUUUACCUCCCUCUCAGUUUUCUUCUUACUUUAUUUUUCCUUCCCUUCCCCUAUGUUCAUCUGUUUUGUUUCUUAAAUUCCACAUAUGAGUGAAAUCAUACGGUAUUUGUCUUUCUCUUUUUUCUAAGCAAUAGACUUUUUAAAAAUCACCUUCUUUUUGUGGCAGAACAAAACCGAAAAUGCUCAGUGAUAUCAUCUUAACCAGUUUAUUUCCUGAAACUAAAUUAUUUGGUAUUCUGUCAGAAUUGUCCAGUACCUGCUCUCUUUUACAGCUGCUUUCCAGUUACUACUGUUUUUGCUCAUGCCUGUAAGGUAGUACAAGACUUUGACACGUUUUUUUAGUAGCCACAGAAUACUGAAUUGUAUUGAAUAAUUUACAUUAAUGUUAUUAUACUCUAUUCUAGUUCUUUGAAAAUUAAUAAUUGAUGGACAGCAUGCACGUUCACUGCCAUCUGUCUCCAACCUUUGGGAGUAGUUGUGAGUUAAUAUUCUGCCCCACUGUUUCACAUAAACCAAAAAAUAUUUUGGUCAUUCUAGUGUGCUGUCCUCCCAGUUCCUGAGUAUGACACAGUUUUAUUGUCAGAUUGCAUGUUGUGAUUUUAGGCUAUGAAAAUCUGAUGAUUAUAUGUAUAUAGGAUCAUUUUUAUUUAUUAUGAAUGUUUGAUCAAGUAGCUCACUAGCCUGGCUUUCUUUAUGUUGGAUAAAAGAAUUUACUGCUUUUUUCACUGUGUGGCUGAGAGCAACUGUGUAUUUUGCUAUCGUUUUUACAGUAUUUGGUCCAUUGCCAUAAAAUUUUUAAUGAGACUACAAAAUUUAAGGUAUUCUGAUUAAAUCAGUGAAUGUGGUUCCAGGCCCUAUUCUCUUUUGAAAGAGAAUAAAGGUUAUGUUUGUCUUACCUUUGUUAUCAUGUUUGCUCAAUUCUUUUGAACUAUGAUCUUAAAGGCACAAAUGGUACCAACCACUUUGUUCAUUUGUUAUUAGCAGGUUUUCAUUGCAGCAAGAAAAUCACCUUUCAAAAUAAGGCUCAGCGUGAACUCAGUCUUUCAGUGUUAACUUCCUAAAUCAAUUUGAACUUACAUGAACAUCAACAUGUAAUAUGAAUUAGAUAAUCUUCAGCUAUUACUUGAAUUUGGUAAAAUGUGGUCAAUUGAAAAAAUAGUAUGAAAAUUUAUUAAAGAAUGUGAUUAUAGUAG